GUCGGGGAACGCGCUCUUCUGAGCGUUUGAGUUUCGAGUGGCGACGUACGCUAGCGUGUGUGUCUUCAUUAUUGAUGCAAAACUUCCACGAUGGUAGAUCAUAACGAGAAAAUAUUACAGGAAUUACAAAAGAAAAGUGGAAAUAAUGUGUGUGCCGAUUGUGGAAGCGAAGACCCUGAUUGGGCAUCAUACAAUCUCGGCAUAUUUAUAUGCAUGCGGUGUGCGAGCAUUCAUCGUGGUAUGGGCGCUCACAUCAGUAAAGUGAAACACCUUAACCUGGACAGAUGGGAGGAUUCCCAAAUUCAGAGGAUGAAGGAGGUUGGCAAUAUUGUAGCUAAGAAUAAAUACGAGGAACGAGUGCCCCCAUGUUACAGAAAGCCAAACAGAUAUGAUCCACAAGUACUGAUCGAACAAUGGAUACGAGCGAAGUAUGAACGCGAAGAAUUCUGCCAUCCAGAGCGCCAGAGCUACCUAUCCGGUACCAUGGAAGGUUUCCUCAUGAAGCGUGGCAAAGAAGACAGCCGGUAUCAACUCAGAAAAUUCGUGCUUUGCGAAAACGAAGACUCCCUGAAGUAUCAUCACGCUUCCGACGGCUGUGGCCGUGCCGCGAGUUGUCUCGAUCGAUUAUUCGAUCGACUCCGGGUCAAAAACAUUGGUCGAUGGAGGUAUCACGUGAGGGAGAACAGAGAACCGAAGGGUGUCCUGAAAUUAUCAGAGCUAAAUGUAUGCUUUGCUCCGGCGAAGAUUGGUCACAUGAACUCUAUGCAAUUAACAUUCAUGAAGGAUGGGUCUACAAGGCAUAUUUACGUGUACCACGAGGAGCCCGAGGUCAUAAGCAAUUGGUACACAGCGAUUCGUUGCGCCCAACUGCAUCUUCUGCAAGUGGCCUUCCCAUCCAUGCCGCAGUCGGAGCUGGUACUCCGGCUUCCGAAGGACUUUGCGCGUGAGGGUUGGCUUUGGAAGACAGGCCCUCGACCUUCCGACGCUCAUCGCCGUCGCUGGUUCACACUGGACAACAGAAAGCUGAUGUACCACGAUGAACCACUCGAUGCGUAUCCUAAAGGGGAAAUUUUUGUUGGACACGAAUCUAACGGUUAUCACAUAAGAGUAUCAAACACGGGAAAUGGCUGUAAGGAAGCCAGAUUUCCGUUUCAAUUGGUGACACCAGAUCGAAUAUUCUGCCUAGCUGCCACCACACACGAGGACCGUGCCGGUUGGCUUGCGGUCUUACAGCAAAUUAUUAAACGACCACUCACGCCUCAAGACUCCACAAUUGAGGCUACCCUUGUCCGCAAACGGACGACAUCCAACUCGAUAAACAUAUUCUCCGGAAGGUAGUCACACUUCCUCUUGGAGCGUAGGUUUAAGGUAAUGAUAAACAAAUAUAUCCAUGAUAAAUUAUUGAUGGUAAACAUAUUCUAGCGUCGACCUCCUGUAACGUUAUUUUAUCGUAUAGACUGCUGAGUAAUUUUAUUUAUUACACGAUGAUUAAUUAAUUAUAACUUAAUGCUAACGUUACAACGAUUUUAAAAAGUUUUAUGUAAAUAAAUGUUUAAUUAUUUUGGUUCAUUGAUAAUUUUGUUCGUUUGUUUUUUAUUAAAUUUUAUCAUGAUACUUAGUAUAAUUUUUAUCGUCUUGAAAUAUUUUAAUGUUAAUUUACUUAUUAUAUUCUAACGGCGAAAGAACUGAAUCUGUCAUGUUAAUAUUAAAUAUGAGAAUAAUUUUGUACUUUAUCGUGGUUCACGCGCACAAAUAUCAUUUUAUAAGACGUAAAAUCCACUAUCUAAUUACGGUUAAGUAAUUACAUAAGUAUAGGUAUUUAUUAAUUUUCAUCAAAACAUUUCAUUAACACAACAUUAAUGCUCUCUUAAUCAUGGUAAAAGACAUUCUACAGGGAAUUUGUAUAUGGUAACUUAAUUGUAAUGUUGGCAAUACCACAAAAAACAAAAGUAGGUGUAUUUAUAGUAUUUUAGUCGUUUAAGCAAUAUUCUAGACGUAAGUUUUGGACAUAAGACUUCUCAGACAGUCAAGAGGCUUGAAUUCAGCACGUACCUAGACCUUAUUUUACAAAUGGCAAAUGAUGUGUCGCUUGAUUCAGCCGUUUGACUGUCUGCGGAGCCAUUACGUACAUUUAAUAACUUCCGUUAAACCGCUGUAAAUAUCGAAUCAUAAUCACCAGUUGCAUGUAAUUUGCCACAUGAAGUAUAGUUUCAAAGUCGUAAUCGUAAGUGAUAGUUUCAUGUAUUGUAUAACAAUAUAAUCAAUAUAGGCGAUACAAGUAUGAUAUCAAUACGGAAUGUAUGGUCCGUUAAGCAUAGUUCGAAUUAUUUUAGUGAACUUUGUGACGAGUAAUGUAACAUUGGUAGUUUCUGGAACAAUAAUAAAAAUAUUGUUACUAAAUUAUCUGACGCUUCUAAAUUACUACUAACUUGGACUAUGCUUUUGUAGGCGUGCCAGUAAUGAAUCCAAUUUGUGGGUAAUUAUUUAUUAGCUAUAUUUCAUAUAGACUCCUAGUGAUAUUGCGACACAAAUAGGUUAUGCCAUAAAACUGCAUAUUAUAAAAAAGUCUUUAUUUUUAAGCUACAAACACAAUAUUUGUAAUUACCAUUAAUUAUCCCAUUUCUAUUUUGUAUUAUGACAUUAAGGCUGUUUGCGCUGACGAUACUUUUAACAUCCGAAUUUACUAAUUUGGCGGUUGGGUCGAAGUUUUAAUGGUUAUAUUGCAUUGGUAGUGUAUUUUACCUAUUGUUCGUAUAUCAUCAUUUAUCGUUUCAUUAAUUGCAUUAGGUACAUUAUAUUGCACUGAUAUUCAAAUACGGUCUUGACCUUCUCUCGACUUUGUUCAUAUACAUUGCAAAAUUUAAAGUAAAUAAAUUCAGUGCAGUUGCUAAAAGUAUCGUAUGUUAUGUGUCUUUAACUAAUCUGUAUUUUACCACCGACGACUAAAGGUCAAUAUUAAUCAUUUAGGAUUAUAUAUUUAUUAUUAUGGGUGAAUUGACAUAUAUGUUUUGUUUACAUAUAUGCUUACCUUCUCUAAUAAUGUAUUUUUGCUUAAUUAAUACUAAUAAGAUUUAUACAGUGCUGGUCACUGGAGUUGAACUUCGGGUAUGUAAGGUCUUAAUAAUUUUCUUGUAUUUAAAUAUGAUAUUGCCAUUAAGAUGUCUUCACGAUCACUUUACAUUAGCUCUUAAUUUAGGCUGAAUUUACUUUAGUUAAUGGCCGCUUCCACUACAGUGGCCGUUGACAUGAAUUUAAAAAAAAUGUAUGUCUGCUACUUACUCUAUGGCUGUUACUGAGUUGUUAGCUGUUGAGAGACAUAGGAUAAUAAUUACGCAAUGCAAUAAAUUAUUUCGCACUGUAAGAGUGUAUUUUAGCAUAGUGUGAAUACUCUGGACUACUGGCUUUAAUGAAUUAUGGAAUUUAUAUCGUAGUAAAUUAAUGUCACGUUUAUUUUAUUCAAUUAUAAUAAUUACAAUAAAUGAUAAUCAUCACAAUUUAAGUAGUCGUCUCGGUGUUGAGACAGAUGUAUAUUUACGUACGCUGUAUUUUCAAUGAGUAGUUUAGUAUAUAAUUGUGUACCCAUUUAAAGCUGUGUAUAUGUUGUUCUAAAAUCUAAAUUAAGUUGUUUAUUGGGUUUCUCGAAGGACUUCUGUAACCGUAAGUCGGGAUUUCUAGAUAAAUAUUGCAAUUGUCAAACACAUCUCCUAAUAAACAA